CCAACUGUCAUAACAAGUAGCAACUGUCAAAUGAUAGCUCUAAGCUGAUACAUGGUAUUUUCACUCCGAGCCGGUUCUAGAGGCAGCAGCUAUAUAAAAUGCAGGCGAGUCACACUACAGGCGACAUGGCUCAGUCAAACGAAGAUACGCAGCAGGAGCUUUCAUCUGCGUUGACAAGCGACUAUGUGGCAUACUCGGUGCUGUGCCUUGUAAUUUACGAAUACGGCGUAACGCUUGACCAAGAGAUCUCCGCGGUGUGGAGAAGGAAGUUUACAGUCACGUCGGUGCUGUUACUCACCACUCGGUGGCUCAUGAUCCUCGGCCCGAUUCUUAAUGCUACGGCCUCGGAACAAGCACAGUUUCCGGUUGGAACAAACGUUUUCCUAUGGGCACGUACUGUACUCGGAUACGUGGACACUCCACUGAUCGUUGGAUGCACUGUGGUUGUCAAUAUCCUGCCGAAGCUAAACACAGAGAGUGAGUCUGUCUUGCUCAGGCUCCUAUUCUUAAUCGCCGUGUACAUGCCUCUAGUGCUCUAUUUUACGAGAUGCAGCUUGAUUGCCGCGGACGUCAUCGUCCUCUUGCUGACAUGGAUCAAGUCGUUCAGACACUUCAAGGAGAUGCGGCAGCUAAAGCUUGGCUUGUCUAUAUCAGCUGUGCUGCUCCGAGACGACAAGUACCCUGUACUUUCUGUAAGCUGCUACGCCCUUCUAGCUAUAAGCAUCCUAGAACUCCUCACAUUCUCUCAGACCAGUGUCACGGGGGGCAAUUAUGCAGACGCCUUCAUUCAAUACAUGCCCCUUCUGCUGGUGCAGCGCUUCAUCCUCAAUCUCCGUCAGCUCAACCGCACCACCUACGAAAGCAACUCAGAUGCCCAGCACUUUUCCCGCUUCUCUGCCAGCUUCCGGGUGCCCUCUGAUUUCCUCGGGAACAUCGGAGAGCCUCUCGGCCAUGGCCAAUCAGAGAGAGAUAAGAACAAUGGUGACGACGACAGCUGUGUGGCAGAAGAGUCCCGGGAGGGGCACGAGGAGGAUUUCGCACACCUAGCGGGCCCAACGUCUGCAUAUCGGGACGAGACAAUCGAAGCCGACGCCGCUCUAGCGUUGCGGUCCGCCGAAUGUGCAAGCGAAGGGGAUGUCAUCGGCUCGUUAGUUUUCUCGGGCCAAAUGGGGGUUGGAUCUUCCACAGCUAUCUGAUAGACAAACACCCCGCCCCAUGCCUCGCCACGGCGGCUCGACGUACCCUCAUUCAAACAGAUUCCAAUGUAUGGCCAACCCACGAGUUCGAGUGCAUGAUAGUCAAUAGUUACGAGUUAUUAAGCUGCUUAACG